AUGAACUUCCUCAGACGCCGUCUCUCUGACAGCAGCUUCAUGUCCAACCUGCCCAAUGGCUACAUGACAGACCUCCAGAGGCCUGACCCACCUGCUCCUCCUCCCCCAACUGCCUCCUCCCCUCCCCAACAGGGUGCAGCACCUGGUCCUGCCCUGUCCCCAACCAAAGCUCCAGGACCAACCCAGGUGCCAGCCAGCUCCCCUGUAGCUCAGGAGCGGCGUCCUACCCAGCUGGCUCAGCAGCCCCAACAGGCCCAGUCCUCCUCCAGUGGUUCCUCUGGCUUCUUCAGCUCCUUCAGCUCCAUCACCAAUGUGGUCAAACAGACAGCUGCAUCUGCUGCUGGGUUUGUGGAGCAGUCGGCUCCCUCUCCAUCCCUGUCCAAGAAAUUCAAGAUUCUGUUGGUAAUUGAUGAGCCCCAGCAUGAGUGGGCUAAAGUGUUUCGAGGAAAGAAGGUCUUUGGGGAAUAUGACAUCAAAGUGGAGCAGGCCGAGUUCUCGGAGAUCAACCUCGUCUCGCAUUCAAACGGAACCUGUAAUGUGGACAUGCAGGUCAUCAGGGGUGGGACCAAAGUUGUCAGGUCUUUCAGGCCUGACUUUGUGUUGGUGCGUCAGCAUGCCUUCAGCAUGGCCCAAAACGAGGAUUUUAGGAACUUGAUCAUUGGUCUGCAGUAUGCUGGCAUCCCCUCAAUCAACUCUCUGGACUCCAUCUACAACCUGUGUGACAAACCUUGGGCUUUUUCCCAGCUGAUCAAUAAUCAGAAGAGGUUGGGUUCAGAUAAGUUCCCUCUCAUUGAUCAGACCUUCUACCCCAACUACAGAGACAUGAUUACAACACCAAGUUUCCCAGUAGUGGUGAAGAUUGGACAUGCUCACUCUGGAAUGGGAAAGGUCAAGGUGGACAAUGUGAGUGACUUCCAGGACAUUGCAAGUGUGGUGGCUAUCACUCAGACCUACUGUACUACAGAGCCAUUUAUAGACGCCAAGUACGACAUCAGGGUCCAGAAAAUUGGCACAGACUACAAAGCCUACAUGCGAACAUCCAUCUCUGGUAAUUGGAAAAGCAACACUGGAUCUGCCAUGUUGGAACAAGUAGCCAUGACUGACAAGUAUAAACUGUGGGUCGAUACCUGCUCAGAGAUCUUUGGAGGGCUGGAUAUCUGUGCCGUCAAAGCCAUCUGUGGCAAGGAUGGUAACGACUACAUUACAGAGGUUGUGGGUUCAUCUAUGCAGCUGAUUGGCGAUCACCAGGCAGAGGACCGCCAGCUCAUUUCAGAGGUGGUGCUGGCUAAGAUGAACCAAGCACUGGCUGCCAGGUCAUCUAGUGUUUCCCGCUCACCUGCACGCUCCCCUCAAGGCCAAAAGCUAGCUACAGUGCAGCCCCAACAGAGUGCUGCCCUUAAGGAAGGAUUGGCAGAUCCAAACAGGACUUCAGGCCAACGCCCUCAGCCUCAAGGUGCGCCACUGAAAGCACAGAGUGUGGACACAUCAUCAGAAUCAGCUAAGAGAACCUCUGAACCAGUACCAAAGCCCACCCAGGCCCAGAAACCUGGUCCAGGUCCAGCCCAGAAACCAGCUCAGGCUCAGAAACCAAGCCCAGUGCAGAAGGCUGCUUCAGUUACAAAGCCUCCAGUACCAAGGCCUCCACCAAUGACAAGAGCCCCAUCCAUCACAAAGUCAACCCCAGAUUCUGCUUCCAGUUCAGCCCCAGCCAAAGCUUCACCAUCAUCCCCUGCCAAAGUACUGGCAGCUGCACCUCCAGGCUCUCCACCGACCAAAGCAGCAGCCACAGCUUCAAGCUCCCCUCCAGCUUUGGCUCCAGCUCAGGCCUCUCCACCAGCCUCCCCUCCAACCACAGAGCAGCCCAAACCCCAGCCUCAAGGCUCUCCAUCCCCAGCGCCUGGCAAACCAAAAGAUCUUCCCCCAAAACCAACACCGCCUGCAAAGCCCAUUCCUCCUGUGCGCAGGAAUUCCAAGCCACAGCUCCAGCCUAAGCCACAAGCCGCUCCAAAAGUUUCACCUACACCCCAGCCCACUGCCCAAGCACCAGCUCAGUCUUCAGAUACAGCCUCAGCCCCUGCCCCAACACAGAUUCAGUCCCCAGCCAAAGCCAGUCAGUCCCCACCUAGCAUCCAGUCUCCAGCUAAGGCUCUAGCUCAGGCUAAGCCAGCUGCUGCUUCCCCAAAUCCUGAGACAGUCCCUGCUGAAGCAGCCGCAGCACCUGCUGAGGCCCAGGCACCAGUGGAAGAACAACCCCAGCAAAAGACCCACCCCCUUCUGAAUAAAUCCCAGUCUCUGACCAAUGCCUUCAACGCCUUCAGCGACUCCUCUUUCUUCCGUGGGGUCUCAAGCUCCGGAGGCGACGGCCAAGAAGAGGCCAAAGCGGAGACCAUUCGCAACCUUCGAAAGUCUUUCGCCAGCCUUUUCUCUGACUAGAUACGCCCUCCGUUUACCAUUGGCCAGUGAUGACUUGAUUGACAUUAAAUGUGAACCAGUCUGAGAUUAAACUUUGUGUGUUAACUGUACUGUAUUCCCUCUGUCCCGGUCCCUCUUCUGCUCCACUUUUAGCUUCCCUGUUUGAGUAACAGUGAGACCUGCUGGGUAGGAUUUUCAAUGAAUGAACCCAGACUAAUAGGUCUGAAGGAGUUAAGUCAUUGAUAUAGAAUAUAUUAUAAUAUAGUAGAAAGAAUAGAAUAAAAAAUAUUUUUUCCCAGAGCACACAAAGGAACAGAGUCUAAGGUAUAAUGAAAGUAUAAUAUUAAAAACUACAGAUGGAAUGUACAUAAAUACAGUAUAAACAUAACUAUAAUGGGAGAUAAGCCAAUAAUAACUUUAAAAAAAAACAAAAAAAACAGCAGCACUUUUUGAUUAGCUUUAGUCAGUGACAUAACUCUUUCAUUCAGUAGCUGGAUUUAUACAAAUGUUAAACUUAAGAUAUAUGACAAUUUGAUGGUUUCCAGUGAAUCAAUGUUGGUUGGUGAAUGGAGGAAAAAAAAAAUGCUUCUUUAAAAGAUUUGUUCCUGUCUGUGUAAAUCCAGCCGUUGUGUCUCUGGUCCUUGGCUACUGACUUCUGGGCUCGUCAUUGCUGCCCCUUUUCGUCCUCAAGCCUUGACGUUCAUUUAUGUGUGUGUGGGGGCGGGAUAUGUGUAUGUUCAUCUGUGUUCACUUGUUGUGCAUGGCUCCUCCAAGUGUGUGACUUUUGGAGCAAGUGGGAGCUCUAUCAGUGUUAAAUUUUGCCCUCUGUUGCCUCUCUCUCUCUCUCUCUAGAUGUUGUAGCCUUAUUGUGAACCUGUUUUCAAUUCACAGCUAUGUUUGUUAGCUGUGUGGACCUGGGUCAAUUACAUAUUAAAAUGUAUUCAUUCACUUUGAACUUCUGAAGAAUCAGCAUACUAGGAGGAGGAGAACAGCUAGAGAGUAAAUGAAUGCAUUUCAAUUAGUAACUCAUGUCUGUAGUUGUGACUGGUGAUUUCUUGUUUCACCUCUGUGUAGAUCUAUCAACAGUAUUGUACUUUGUUGAUUAUUCUCAUGAAAAGACAUUGAGACAGUAGUGCAAUAACACCUCGACUUGACUGUUGAGUGCUGUCACCCUAUUAUAUUAUCAUACAUACGAGAUCUGUGUAUGUGUUGAAUACCUUACUCUUACAUUCCCUUUAAGAUUUCUUUCUGCAGUGGCUCUCCAGGUUGCUCUUUAUGUGCAGUCAGCAUCUGAUCUGAGUAAUAUCACAAAUGUUGUUGUUUGUCCUUAGCCUUGUAUGUAUUAUUGCAAUGAAUUUAACGCAACCUGGAAUUAAACCACUACCUUCACUGGUCAUUUUUAGUUAAGUUCUAUGACCUGCAUAUCAACCUGUCUGCUUGUCCAUUUCCAGUAGUAUGUUGCAAGUAAACUAGGACAUAUUGUAAUUGUCAGAAGUUUAUUUAUUUUUUGUAAUAUAUUGAUUUAUUUAUUUUUGAGGCUACAUAUUUAUGGUAAAGUAUAAAAUGUUUGUUUUAUAUUGUGUUUUUAUUUGUAAUGCAAUCCUGCUUUGCAUGAUCUGGUGACUGUUUUUUUUUUUCUGUACAGAUAAAAGUUAAUAAAGAUGUGGUUCCAUCAUUCCACUGAUUCGCUGA